CUCUACAGUAGUGGGCGGCUCAGCUCGGACGAAUCAGAAUCUGAUGCACGCAGUGAAUAUUAAGUUGUGCUUCCUCUGAGAUUAAACUAUAUGUUUAAACAACAAUUGAGUGUUUUCUUCUGAGCACCCAGCAAUGAUCUGCCUUUUACUGGUUGCAGGCCACGACGCUGUUCUUGAGACCCAAAUCAAGAAUGAUUUCACAGGUCUAUAUAGUCACCUGACUGGGGUUCCCAAGGCAUUGCUUCCUGGAGUGGGUGGAAAGAAAAUCUUAGACUUUUGGUGGGACACUGUCAACAUGCGACAGUUGUUCAGUGAAGUCUACCUGGUUACAAAUGCAGAUAAGUACAAACAUUAUGAGCGCUGGGCAACAGCCAAUGACUUUCCGGUAGAGAAUGUGGUUAAUGAUGGCAGCACCACACUAGAGGAUCAAUUGGGGGCUGUGGCGGACCUGGAGCUGGCCAUCCGGAGCCGCAGGCUGCAAGAUGACAUCAUGGUGAUUGCAGGAGGCAUGCUGUGUGCUGACCAGAACUUUGACAUCGCGCAGGUCCUUCGCUUUUUCAGGUCCAAGCCUGGAGAGCUGGUCAUUUACUAUGAGCUGGAAGAGGGAGAGAAAAGCUGCUCAAGGGGCAUUGUGGAAGUAUGUCCUGAAUCCUACAGGGUCACGCGGUUCCUUGAAAAGCCACGGGAUGGCCUGACGACGUCCCGUCUGGCCAGUGUGGUUUUCUACUGCCUGCGCAAAGAUACGCUUCCCUACCUGUCUGCCUUCCUAUCUCGGCAGCCGGAUGCCCAAGGCAGGUCGCUUGGAAUGUUCUGGGAGUGGCUCAUUAAUGAGGAGAAGUUGCCUGUGUUUGGGAUGAAGUUGCCCACAGGCUUCCAGCUCAUUGGACAAGUGACGCUCUCAGACUACAACAAGUGGCUCACCCGCUACUCUGCAAAACAGCAGGAGUCCCCUGGCAAACCAAUCGUCUGCCGUUCCUACGCCAGAGUUGGGCUGAUGGGGAACCCCUCUGAUGGCUUCAAUGGUAAAACGAUUGCCAUGACGAUUUCCAACUUCUGGGCUGAGGUCACUCUGACACAGAGCCAGAGCUUGGUUCUCCUGCCCCAUCCCCUCAAUGAUCCCACUGAGUUUGGAAGCCUACAAGACCUUUUCUCUAUCAGUCGCAGGGAAGGUUACCAGGGAGGCCUGAGAUUGCUGCAGGCUACCUGUAAGAAGUUUUACCAGUUCUGCUCCAAGCAAGGAAUUGCUUUGACUAAGCAGAAUUUCACACUGAAGUACAACACCAACAUCCCACGCCAAGUGGGCCUUGCUGGGAGUAGUGCAAUUGUGUCUGCUACUUUGAAGUGCCUAAUGAGGUUCUACAACGUAACAGAUGGAGACCUCCCCAAACCUAUCCGAGCCAACUUCAUCCUGAGUGUAGAGACUGAUGAGCUGUUUAUCACAGCUGGGCUGCAAGACCGGGUGGUACAGGUUUAUGAGGGGUUAAUCUACAUGGACUUCAGCAAGCAGCUCAUGGAUGAAAAUGGCUAUGGUGAAUACAUUCCCAUGGAUAUGAGCAAUGUCCCUCCUUUCUGGCUGGCCUACCUGGGUGACCCCAGUGACUCUGGGAGGAUCCACAGUAAUAUCCGUCAGCGCUGGCUGAACGGAGACCCUGUUGUGGUCCAGGCUAUUAAGUCUUUUGCUGAGCUCACAGACCAGGCCAGGGUGGCCUUGGAGUGUAAGGACUGGCCCAGACUAGCUGACCUGAUGGAUCAGAAUUUCGAGCUGAGAAGAUCCGUAUACACCGAUGAGGGCUUGGGACCUGGUAAUCUCAAGAUGGUACAACUAGCAAGAGAGUAUGGCUCUGCAGUUAAGUUGCCUGGCAGUGGUGGAGCUGUAGUUGGACUGUGUUUGGACCGUGACAAACUGGUGGAGCUGAGGAAUGCUUUCCAGGAGGCGGGCUGUGUUUUCUGUGAAAUAGCACCGUAUGACCCACUUUCUGCUGGCGCUCACAUUCAAGGCUGAUGGCUGCCAUUAUAGACAGAAAUGUGUCGGGUUCUGCUUUUAUGCAUCAAGACUACAAGGGUGGCAGGCAGUGCAGGUGUGAAGUUUAAAAUGGCAGCUGGGUAACCUCUGAAUGCUUUCAUUUGGUGCUAGUAAGUGAUAGACUUGCCAGGAUUUGUUCUCUGCUGUAAUUGUGGAUAAUCAAUGAUUUCACUAAACUCCAGCACGGUGGUUAAAAAUAUCCACAAAUCAAAUGGGAAAUAGGCCAAUAACAUUAUUGCCAAUUAUGCUUGAAGCAGUUAUUCAAACCAUGUCUUUCUGAAGUGUUUGGCUAGAUGGUCAUGAACCUGGUACGAAGACACUCUUCAACUGCUCUGUUCAGAAUUUAAUGUAUGUAUUUUGAGGUACUUGCCAGUAUUUUUGGUAAUAUAUUUGCAAGGCUGUGUUUGUCAUUGUAUUGGAAAUUAUUGUCAUUGAUCAAUUGUUCUUGUAUUUGCUUCUCUGAAAUAUUUUAUACACCUAAUCUCAAUUAUUCAUAUAAAUUGAAAAAAGCAAAGAUUUGUUCAGUGUGUUGAUAAAUCCUCACUUGGUCAUACAUUUAGAGGGGGCAUCUUUACCAGAUUUGGUUUGUGAGAGCAAUUGUCAAAUUUUCUGUUGGGGGAGUUGGUAUAAGGGAAUUGUUUGGGAUGUAUCUAUACAAUGUAAUAUUCAUAUCCUGUGUUUGUAAUAUCCAUGCAUUUUCAAAUGAAACAAUUGCUAAACAAA